CAACACUCUGCAAAUCUUCUCUCUCUCUCUCUCUCUCACUCUCAGAGAUGGCUGUUAAAGAACCGGAGUUCUUGUUGCCGCCGGAGUUUUUCACCGCCGACGAUAUUCUCGCCGGUUACGCCGGUACCUUUGAGAAAACCGCGGUGAAGACGACGAAGCUCGACCCUGACCUCUGCUUCCCGGCGGAGUUCCCGUACGAUCUCUGCUCUUCGCCGGCCGCGUCUACCGGAACGGAGAGCGACGAGGAGGAGUUCCUCGCUGAGUUGACUCGCCGCUUAACUCGGUCCUCUCUCGAUGAAACUCGCAAGUCCACCUCCCCUGCUCAAAAUCACUUUGAGAGUUGGCUUCUGUGUGGGUCGCCCCAAUCGACUCUGGCCCGAGUGGGGAGCUGGUCGGGUAUGAGUGCCGGGUCGGGUUCACCGAACGGGUCAUCUCAGAUAUCCUCUCCGACUACGCCGCUUGCAGCGAAGAGCGACGCCUGGGAUCUGAUACUUCAGGCCGCCGCCGGUCAGGUUGCGAGGCUGAAAAUGAGGGCCGGAGAUGAGCUUCCGGGGACUCGAACAUUCGCUCCGCUUCCGCCUCACGCCGCCGUGCAAAAUGCUAGGUUACAGAAACCGGUUGGGGCUCAAAUGGUGAAGCAGCAGCAGGGCUGCGGCGGCGCUAUGUGGGACAACGGAUGCUACAUUGAACCACCGCCGCUCUUCCAGGCUCGCGCCUCUCGCACCGCCGUGCUUGGCGGCGCUGUGCCGUUUGUGGAGAAUGGAAGGUACGGCAGGCCGUUGGUGGGCGGCGGCGGCGCCGGCCACGCAGCCGCCUUGCGCUCCCUGCAUUUUCAGUCCGGUCGGCCUGCUAUGCCUUUCGGUGGUUCCGCCGCCGCUUGCUGUGGCUCCGGCGCCUUCGGAAUGAAAAAGGAGCGUUCCGGCACCGGUGUUUUUCUCCCAAGAAAAUAUGGCAAUAACAAUAAACCCAUAGAUUCUGGGAACAGAACAGGAUGCUGUAACCCUACUGCUAAGCUUGUUCAUGGUCUGCACAAGAACAACAUUGAGGACAUCAAUGGCGCAGUUCAACCUCGGCUAAAUGGUGUUUUUGUUUCAGAUUAUGAAAUGUUGAUUGCAAGAAGGAAUGCUGCAGUGUUAGCCCAGCAGCGGAUGAAUUUCCGGCAAGAACGCCAUGAAGUAUGUCUGCCCCAGGAAUGGACUUAUUGACAUUGCAGAGUUUCUUAAAGGAUUAUCUCAGGGUUUCAUAUAAAAAAAUGGUGUUUUUUGAGCUUAGGAAAGGAGCUUAGGAGAAGGGUAGUUGUUAGGUAAGUCCAAUAAUAGUUUUGCAAAAACCAAAAACCAAAAAGAAAAUCAAGUGGGUUCAACUCCAGCUUUUCAAAAGUUAAGGCCCCAGGAAGAAGAAGAAGAAGAAGAAGCAAUAAGUGUUAUUAUUAUUAUUAUUAUUUCUUUGUUUUUUCUUAAGGUUUCAGAAACAUAUUCUGAAAUGUUUGCAGAAGGAUAGUUACUAGUUAGAAGGUAGAAGAAGAAGAUGGGAUUUGAUUUAUUUUUCUUUUUGUUAAAUAAAGUUUUAAUUAUUAUUAUUAGCAUAAAUAUCUGGUGUUAAGAUGAUUUUGGGUGGUGGGAUCUCUGCAGACAAGACAAGCAGACAACAUAGUGUUAUGGUUCAUUAAUGUAAAAUAAGAAAUUGGGUGUGUUAUUUAGUUUCUUCUAUAAUCUCUUCUGCAGAUCAGAAGAAGCAUUGAAUAUGUACAUGUUUCUUCUGUGUGUUUGUUUAA